UCGACUACACGGUCGUCGUUUCGAGUUGUGCUAUUUUAAACAGUUACAAUAGAAAUUUUCAGUGAGUAAUUUUUUUCGUGAGAUUUGGUUUAAUUUAAGUGAAACAACAUUUUUGGUUUAUUGUGAAAUAUAAUUAAAAUCCAGUGCUAUAACAAGUCGACAUGAUGGCCCAAUUUAUGAUGGAUUUAAAAGCAGAACAUCGUACCAGCCCGUCAUUGUAUCCACCAGUGUCUCCAAAAAUGCAGGAAAUUUACCGUCCAAACUCAACCGACUCGGGCGUGUUGGAUCUGUCAAAACGGCGCGAUUCGGUGGAAACUCGCAAAACCCCCUCCCCGUACAACAGUUUUAGUGAGGAAGGAUCGCCGCCAAUGCAGAGUUCACCGAUCAAUUCGACUAAUCAAUUGCUGCUAAAUUAUCGCGCCCUCCAGCAUCGAGAGCUUUCACCUAAAACGCAACGUCCUUAUGACUCACCAAACCUUCCAGAGCAAAGCCACCAAUUAGCAGCGAGAUUUCAAGGAUUUCCGAUCGGACACCCAAUUAUUCCGAAACAAGAAAGUCUUCCACAUCGUGCCGAAAUCAUGCCUUAUCUUCUCCAGGCAGGAGCUAUGCAACAACAACAACAACAGCAGCAACAAUAUCUGCACAGCCCAAUUCAACAACAUCGCGAAUCUGACUCGCUGUCGGAGUCCGGUUCGGAAGGUCACAUCCUUCCACCAAACCUCAAAAUGCCUUUACUGAAACAGACACAGAGCUCCGAUCAAUUGCCGACCAAUCAACCCACCAACAACCCAUAUCCGAUGGUUAUCGGUCGUGAUGGAAAAUUGGCCCGUCCUUUCAAAGCCUACCCACGGGAUCCACUCAGCCUAACCGCUGCCUUCAUGGCUAGCGAUUCUAUCCUGGACACAAUGUCAGCGGAAAAGUACAACGUAUUUCGCAAGCGAAUGCUCGAGCAAAUUCGUGCCGCCAACGGCGGUCAAGCGACGGUUUGUAACCCCAAAAUGCGCCGUUUGAACAAGUCUCUCAGCGAUGCAUCGGAAACCGAGAGCCUGUCGGACAAGAUGCCGGAACCAACGAACUCGAGCGAAGCGCCAUCGCAGCAAGCCACACCUCCAUCCAGCACGACUGACAGCAACGGUAACAAACAUAGCGUCGAAACGACAAGCAACAGGAAUAACAAUGGCGUCACAGUCAACGGCGGCGCAGGACAGAAAGACUCCGCCUACUACGAGCGACGCAAGAAGAACAAUGCAGCGGCGAAGAAAUCGCGUGAUCGACGCCGCAUCAAAGAGGAUGAAAUCGCCAUUCGGGCCACCUUCCUGGAGAAUGAAAACAUGCAGCUACGCUAUGAACUGGCCGCCGCCCGGAAGCAACUGGCAUUGUACGGGGUCACCACGGUGUCGCCCUGAUUCGAGCGUGAAUAUCAAUGAUAGAUAGGUGCACAGUUCCUUCGAUCGUGCCAUUGUUUCCUGCUGGCAGUAUUUAACCGAAAAUGUUUUGUGAUAUAAGAUGCGUAAAUUUGUAAUUCUUUUGAUGUCGAAUUAUCUGCAGACUGAUGUUGGGAAGACUGAAUAAGU